AUGACAGCUCAAAUCUUGGCGGCUGAACUAGGCAACCUCAUACAGGAUGCAAAACGCAAGAAUACCGAGCUACGCAAUGCUGCAGAGACGGCCUUGAAGGAAUUGAAGUCGCUUUCCAAUACUUCAGAGGCCCAACUCUCGGCUGGCCAUGAUAUCCAGCUGAAGAUACUGCAGGCGCUACCUUCAUUGCUUCAGAACUACCCCGCGGAAAUACGCAGCGAGUCAUUAUCUGCUGUUCUGCAAAUAUGUUCAAGUCUCCAAAAUGCGAAGAACUUCGCUGUCAGCAACACGGCCGCAGCCACGUUGCAACAGUUGGUGAUUGUCGUAUUCGAUAGAGUCGCGUCCGAAGAUGAGAAAGCCUUAGAGAUACCCACAGUGACCGAGGUGAAAGGCGAUGAUGGCCAAGUCUCAGUCAGACCAGCAGCGAACGAUGCUUACAAGAUGUUUACCGAUCUCAUUGCACUCAUCGUUGGAGAGAAGCCAGUCUUCAUGCGAUUUGCUUCGCUGCCGCCAGCCUCGACGCUGGAGCUGAUCGAAGCAAUCUUGUCGAACCACAACAAAAUUAUGACGACGCAUCCGGAACAGAUUUACAUUAUGCGAACCCAGUUAAUGCCGCUGAUCAUCCGCUCUCUAUCCGAUCGUUUGUCCUUUGCGGUGACUGUACGCAUCAUUCGGAUACUACAUCUGAUCAUUCGGUAUCAUCUUGACACGCUUCCCUCCGAAUGCGAGAUUGCGCUCGGUCUUUUGAACCAUAUGCUCGAUCCUGAGGCCUCUCAGGCAUGGAAGAGAGUUCUUUGUCUCGAGGUGUUCCGCAGCAUUUACGCCGAUUCCAGACUUCUCCUAGCAAUCUAUGCCUUAUUCGAUGCAGAAAGCGGAAAGAAGAACAUAUUUGGAGACAACCUAGCGGCUUUCGUGCGCCUUGCGACUGAAAAGCCAUCGGCGAUUGGCUUAGGUCAGCAGUCAACAGCUGCCGCUGGUUUUGAAGAAGAGGUAUCGGAUCAAGCUGUCGCUGAAGCGGGCGCAUUAGCUGGCGUCAUAGGUGGUUCUGUGAGCGAUACUAGCAACCAUGUUCGUCCAUCUGGCAUCAGUAUGCAAUGGAGUUCUCUCAAAACUCCAUGCAUCGAACACCUCGACAAAACCGACCCACCUGCAUUACCCGAAACGUACAUCUACAGUCUGGUGUUGACAUGUAUCACCAACAUUUCUGAAAGUCUCGCAAAAUUCGUUCUUCCUCUUACUGUGCAUCAUGAGAGCAGAAGCCGGAAGAAAACCAAAGCCGAGGAAAUGAAUGAAGACGACACGGAUGUCGCAUCGCCAGAUCGAAACAAUCGAAAGCUUUCGAGGACUCAUUCUUUCCGCAAAAAGACUAUACCAGUCAAUCCUCUGGAUCUGACCGAUCAUCCGGCUUACUCAUACGUGCAGACCUCGACCAACCUGGUCACGGAAUGCUGGCCUGCAGUCCUUGCAACCUGCUCAACAUUCCUUAAUGCUACGCUUGAUACGGACUAUUACAGAGCUCUGAUCCGAGCCAUACAAAAGUUUACUCAGGUUGCCGGACUGCUCAGACUCUCAACGCCACGAGAUGCAUUCCUCACUACUAUGGGUAAAGCAGCUGUCCCAUCGAACUUGCUGCUAGCCAACGCUUCGUCUCCUACUAAUGAGAAGUCUGGGAUCUUCUCUAAUGCGAGAGGGAUGCUCAGUGUGGACAGCUUUGUGAGCCAAGCUUCCUCAAUGUCCACCGACAAGAACAGGCGCCCUUCACACGAUGUUACAGCCCCCACGCUGGGCCCUCGCAACUUACUGUGCCUGCGGGCUCUACUCAACCUUGCAAUUGCACUAGGACCAACGCUACAGUCAGCAUGGUCUAUCGUCUUUGAGACGCUACAAGUAGCCGAUCUAGUGAUGGCGUUGUCGAGCCAGAACAGCAGUCGCGCAUCUGGAUCUGGAAGCCGUGCGGACAUGGAUACCAAUACAGAGAAAUUAGAGGCAGAGACCUCAGCCGUCCAGAGUGCUGCGCGCAGGCUCUUUGAAAGUACAGUUGACUAUCCUAAUGAGUCCUUUUCCGAGGUACUACAAGCGCUUUGCUCACUACUGAACGGGGUAUCAUCAUCAGAGAGCGGACAAAGAACACCGAUUACCUCCAGCCGUCCUCAGGUUUCACAUCGGCGUCUCGGUAGCGCAUCGGGAAUCGGUCUCAACACAGAUGCUAACUCUCGCGACUCGGCAUUUGCGUUGAACAAGAUUGGAGAGCUGGCGUCAUUGAACGAAAGCAGGUUGUCGCAAUAUGAUCCCGCUGAUAGUGGAUGGGACAUACUGAUUCGAGAGGUUAUACGCUACUCCACUGACAGUCGAAAAGCGACGCCUACAAGGCUGCUGGCAGCCGACAUCUUAGCAAGGACAGUUAGGGAGAUCGCUGAGCUCUCUAUGUCCGACGACCAACGCGAAGAAAUACAGGCUCGCAUACUUGCAGCACUGCAAAAGCAGAUUACCGACCUCCAUCAUUAUGAUGGGAUCAACAAAGACACGAUCAGCGACACUGAUAUACGGGUACAUCAAAUAGCUCUAGAAGCACUCAAAAGCGUGAUUGAGCAAUGCGGCGAGUCCUUGGUUGCUGGCUGGACCUCUGUCAUUGAGAGCUUGAUGAGCGUUUUCACCCAAAAAUUGCCAUUAGCGCAGGGAAAUCCAGAAGACGCCAAAACCUCUGGAAACAGUCAAGCCACAAGUUCCACUACAGAUGUCAUAUCAAGAUCUCUUGCUCGAUCGGCAUUUGCGACAGCCAAUCUCGUCUGCUCGGAUUUCAUGACUGCUGUUCCGGAUGCUUGCCUCUCGACGCUCUUAGAACUCUUGCGCAGGUUCUGCUCUCAAAGAGAGGAUUUGAACAUGUCUCUUACCGCGAUCACCUUCUUUUGGAAUGUGUCAGACUACCUCCAGUCGCGGACUGAUCUGUCCUCAUUGGCGGAGGUUGUUACUCAGACUAGUGGCAAGAACGGCGUCGAAGAUGUUGUAAGCACACAUUCACGAGAAGGAAAGACUGCGGCAUUGUGGCUCCUAGUUCUGCUAAAUCUCUCAUCCAUCACAACGGAUGAACGCAUCGAGGUGCGGCACUCUGCGAUCCAAACUAUACAGAGGAUCUUCGAGAACUGUUCAGAUCAGUUGUCAUCGGAAGUUUGGUUGCUUUGCCUUCGUACAAUCCUGUUCGCCAUGGUGGAGGCCAAUUUGAACAUCCAGAAUGAUGUUCGGAUACAAGCUUCCCGCAAAGACGACCACAAGGAAUGGGAUGAGACUACAAGAGUGGUUCUUCAGACCCUGACCGUUCUCAACACGACCUACAUGGAAAAGUUGGACACGUCUCAGCUUGGUGACGCAUGGUCAGAGCUACUGGAACUCGUGGACCGCUACUUCGAAUACCAUUCGCAUGCGCUAGGGGCUUCGGUGUUCGCCACAAUGACAGGUGUUCUCUCCCACACCGAAACUGCUCAGGUAUGGAGUACCGAUUCUCUUCUCAAGACUGCAGCGGUAUGGAGAAGCUACUUCUCCUCUUCAGACGCUUGGCAAGAGGUACACGAGGAGGACAACCAAGACGCUUUCAUCGCGUAUGCAGAGGCUUUCAAAGCGAUCUACCGCCUCUCUGAUCGGCUCCUUAACAAGGAUCUGCCUUUGAUGCUCGCGAACCUCGAAGCUUGCGUUGUCAACUCGGACGAAGUCGCUUACUCUUCGGAUCUGGACACUAUGACCACUCUCCAGCAUCGAGUGAUGGAAUGCUUAAGGAUGGUCAAAACGGAAGAAGACAACGACAUUCCACCGUAUCUGAUACGCAUGUUGGGCCGGUUCAUUACGCUGCCAUAUACCUCCUUGGCUAAGUUCCCAGAAAAGCGCGGGCCAACCUUUGUCGCACUCUCAAAAGCCUCAAUGACGCUACUGCAAGAUAUCGUCGUCAAACAUGUUGAGCUGAAAGAGAUCUAUACGACUGAUGCACUGUCAUUCGCUUUUACCAGUCUGGCACAACCGAUUGAAGAGAAGUACGUGUGGCAACGAGAGGGUCGAGCACCGACCUUAUGGCAAAAGGCUACAACAACAUCUACAGCUAUACUUGAGUCGGUAUUGCCACACGUCAACUCCAAUCAGGAUAUCUGGACCACCCUUGUCAAUAUUGCGCACUGCAUCACGCGUGCACAGUCGUUGCCCAAUACCUCCGCCUCUCUAGAAAAGGACGAACAGUUCGACAUCCAAGCUUUCGCUCAUUUUCGCAGUUUAAUUACCCUACCACUAGGCUCGACUUCUCUCCCACAUAGUCUCCGUCAAAGCCACGCGCGCAAUCUCUUCAGCACAUCUCUGAUAAACAGUCCUCUAUCCGGAGAGUUACCCGACAUUAGCACCUCUCCACUCGAGGAGCUUUACAAAACACGAUUAGGGCAAACUGCCGAGCUGAACUACACCUGGCGACCAGACAUGAGCUAUGUCUGUCUUUCCGAGCUCUUCAAUCUCGUCGCCGUGAACGAUAGUAGUCGCGAACGUAUCUGGCUGGCCAAAGCAGCAGCCCCAUACCUCAUCUUGAGAUGCGCACUUCCCCUCAAGACGUAUAUCGCAGACCAGCCCCUUCGCGGUCGUAUGCCGGCGCCAGAGUCGCAGAGACGCGAGUUGCUCUUUGUAUUAGAGCAACUGGAACAGUUGGAAAGCGAGCCGCAGGCUAUACCUGAUGCCCCGGGUGUUAGGUCACAACAUAGGAGACAUUUGCAUAGGUUGUACCCGUUGCUUCUCAAAGCGACGAGGGUAGCUAGGCAGGAUGCUGAGGUGUUUGAACACUUGGCGAAGCUGACUGAUCUGGUUGGGGAGGAGUUUGGGUUAGACGAUGACUGA